AUGGCCGGUCGACCGUUCUUGCCAGACCUCGUACCUUGCCGGGAGGAUAGUGGCGUCCAACUUGAACAGGUGGGUGGUGCACGAGUCGAUCUGCUGCAAUGGCAAUCGCAGGCCAGCAACGAGCAGGUUGCUUUGCCCGUAUACACGGACCGAUGGCUCAGUUCGAACACCUGUGGAUCGAUCGAGCAAGUCGUUGUUCACGUGCAUGGCAAAGAGAGAGAUGCAGACAUCGCCUGGGCCGACAUCGCUGCUGCGCGAGGUAGGCUGUCCGUCGAUCAGCAGAAGAAGACGCUCCUCGUGGUGCCUCAAUUCCUCAACGGCCUCGACAAGUCCAAGUACCAGCCGGCAAACCAGGAUCUAUUGCUCGUAUGGAAAGGCAAUGGAUGGGGAGAGGGAUCCCCCAGCGUCCGUCCCAAAGCGUCUGUCAGCAACGACAACACAGGCAUAUCAUCCUUCGAAGCGCUCGACGCGAUUCUGAGCCACUUCGCGAACCGACAGAUGUACCAUGGCGUUGAGCGGAUCGUCUUCUCUGGACACAGCAUGGGCGGUCAGCUGGUGCACCGCUACUCGAUUCUCAGCUCGCCAAUCUUGCCCGCAGCAAAACGCGAUCUGAAGGUGGAGUACGUCGUCAUGAACGCAGCGAGCUACCUGUACUUCAGCGGCGAACGGGAGGGCCCGCCUGCUCCCAACAUGAACGAAUACAAAUAUGGCUUCGAUAAUAUCGCGACCCACAUUCCGAUCUAUCCGGGGAUCCAGACACAGCAAGACCCGCACUGGUACCUCAGUCGGAUGCUGCAAGAGCGUCAGAUCCACUUUGUCAACGGAGCAACGGACAGGGGCACCGGCGACGACCGACCGGAAGCUAUGGCCCAAGGUGCUGAUCGACGCGAGCGAGCCGUCAACUACCACCGCCAUUUGAAGCGCAUGGAGGCCAGUAUUGGCAAGACAGGAGAGCGGUUGUGGACGGUUGACUGGGUGCCGGGCGUCAAGCACGACGGUGCAGCCAUGACAAGCUCCAACGCUGCCAUCGCGCGCAUCUUCGCACGCAUCGUCGCAUGA